AUGGAUUUAGGCAACGAAAGAGUGAUUAGAUAUGCUAGACCAGAACUGUACUCAGAUUCCGAAUCGUCGCAGGAGAAAAUUGUAGAAGGAGUUGUCGAAUCAGAGAGGGGUAAUAAUCAGAUAGUGUUGUGGAGGGGAACUGAGGUUGAGGCUGAGGAGGAGGAGAACCAGCCAUUGCCACCCGUGAGAUUGUUCUUCGAGCCUAGUCAGUAUCAUAAUGCAAUAAAGCUGGGAACAAGAUGUUAUAUCCACAAAGCUGCUGCGAAAUUGGAGUCCCUAGACCUUGAACCCUAUGAGCUGUUAUGGUUAACAGAACACCCACAGUUCAAGCACUUUUGCCAUAUGCAUAGGGCCAUGCAUGAGGACACAACACACAAGAUGAUGGGAAUGUGGUUGCUUCUUCUUCGGACAGCAAACACAAAUAAGAAGAGGGAAGCUUGGUUUGUAGUGAAUGGCGUACCAAUUCGCUAUUCCGUUAGAGAGCAUGCCAUUUUGUGUGGAUUAAACUGUCUUCCGUACCCAGAGGACUAUGAGAGCAUAAGAAGUUCAUCGUUUAAGAAUAGAUAUUUUCAGGAAACCGUCUCCUCCCUUGCUGCUGUUGAGAAAAAGCUAGAGUCGAUGCGAAGACUAGUUAAUCCUGAUCGGUUGAAGAUGUGUGUCGUCUACUUCUUAUCCUCUAGAAUUAGUGGGAAAAUGAAAACCGGUAAGGGAGCACCAUCUGUUGACCCCUUAUUCCUGAGGAUUGUGGAUGAUCUCGAGACUUGUAAAAGGUUUCUUUGGGGUAGGUAUUCAUUCGAUGUAAAUAUGAAGGAGAUUGAGCACACAAUGAGGCAUUUCAAUGGGAUCGUCGGAACAGAUGCCUGGACAUUUUCAAGCUUUGUUACUCCCUUGGAGUUGCUAGCCUUUGAGGCCAUCCCAUGUCUGAAGAACAAAUACAGAGAAGAUGUUAGAGGAGCAGGGAGGGAUUGUCCCCGGAUGUGCAGGCAGAAGUUCCAACCAUUCACCCUAAAAGGUUUCCCUUUGUCGGAACUCUAUGAAACACUGGGUAACACUAGGGUCAUCGAGACUAUAUUGCAACCAUCUGAGGAUGAGGUAAUUAUGCUUGCUGGAGUCAUGGAGAGGAAUGAAGAGGAAGAUAUUGGUGAUAUCGUUCCUGAAAAUUGGAUGAGGCGUUUAGUUGAGGAAAAGAAGCCGAUAUUCUGGAAAGAGAUAUGCAAGAUCGAUGUUGAUGCCCGAGAUAAUAAGGAGUGGGUAAACCAUCCUGCAGCGGCUAAGAAUAAUGUGGAGACGGAGAAGGUGGCGCCUCUUGGAUUUGUGGAACAGCUUCAGAGCUUGCAGAAGAGUAUGGACGCUCAGUUUCUCCGAAUCAGUGCCCGAAUGGAUGGCUUUCAUACAAGACUCUGCUCUGUAGAACAAUAUCGAGGAAGCAGAAACAGUCGAAGAAAAACAGCCGAAGCAGAAGCCGAAGAAGAAGCAGUAGGAGCCGGAGCAGAAGGAAGUGGAGCAGAAGGAAGCGGAGCAGAAGGAGGCGGAGCAGAAGGAGGCGGAGCAGAAGGAGGCAGAGCAGAAAGAGGCGGAGCAGAAAGAGCCGGAGCAGAAAGAGCCGGAGAUGAAUGA